GAUUCGUGGUGUAAGAAAUAUAGGAGCAAAUGGGAGAAACGACAACAUGUGGGCAUGAACAAGACACGACGACACACAGACUAAUCCAAUCUUCUCAUCUUCCGAUCGUUAUGUUAUCCAUGGAGGACGUCCCAUUGCUUCUCUAGUUCUCUUCAUAUCCUAAACCCUCUUCAACUCUCCGCCACCGGAAAAUGCAAUUCUCCGGCGCAAUAGGAUCGCCAUAUUCCUCCGUCUCUCGUAUAGCUUUUCUCUCUCACUUACUCGCCACCGAUGUUUCUGCUUCGAAAACACCACCGCUAACUUGGAACUAUUCCACCACUAAUUUCUUCAUUUGUCGAAGCUCUUUAACCCCCAAAAAAACCUCACCUUCGAUUUCAGCCCCCAAGGUUUCCACCUCCGACGACACCUCGAAAACUCAGCUCCUGGAUCUUAUUGACGAAGACGACGACGUCGUUCGCCAAGCUCGGAGAUCUGCUGAUUGGAAAGCAGCAAGAGCUCAUUAUGAGAACGGAAUUGUAUAUCAAGGCAGAAUUGAGGGAUCCAAUGGAGGUGGUUUGCUAAUUCGAUUUUAUUCUCUUGUUGGAUUUCUUCCAUAUCCACAAUUAAGCCCAUCUCACUAUUGUAAAGAACCAGAAAAGUCCAUCCAAGAGAUUGCAAAAACACUAACGGCAAGAGUUGGAUCGGUUGAAGACUAUGGUGCCUUUGCUCACUUGCGAUUUCCAGAUGGUUGUUAUCAUCUUACUGGACUUGUACAUGUUUCGGAGGUGUCGUGGGAUUUGGUUCAGGAUGUGAGAGAUAUCUUGAAUGAGGGCGAUUUAGUCAAGGUCAAAGUAAUUGGUGUCGAUAGGAAUAAAUCAAGAAUUACAUUGUCAAUAAAGCAACUAGAGGAAGAUCCACUGCUAGAAACUUUGGAGAAAGUCAUCCCUCAGGAUGAUUCAGGUGGUUCUACUUCGGAAGACUAUGUCAUCGACCCACUUCCAGGUCUCGAAACAAUUGUCGAAGAACUAAAACGAGAAGAAGGCAUAAUCGACAUAAAAAUAACUCGUCAAGGAUUCGAGAAACGAGUUGUAUCACAGGAUCUCCAACUUUGGCUAUCAAAUGCACCCCCUAAUGGAAAUCAGUUCACACUCCUUGCUCGAGCAGGAAGACAAGUACAGGAAAUACAACUCGUAACUUCACUCAAUCAAGAUGGGAUCAAAUUUGCAUUACAGAGAGUUUUGGAGCGAGUUCCAUGAUUUCUUCAAAUUUCGUAAUAUACGUAAAGAGUUAUUACAGAGAUCCAGAUCCUACUUAUUGUACAGAAAUCACAUUAAACCUGCAACUAUCGUCGUUUUUUACUGAUGUAUGCUGUUCGUGUU